AGAAGAAGAUCUGGAAAACCCACUGGGUUGUUGUCUGGAUUCAACUGUCGCUAUCUACUGCGGCUUCAUCAGUGUUUGUUUCGUAACAAAAAAAAAACAGUUUGGAACGAACACAGUUCCCACUGGCGCCGUCGACUACUUCCCUUACUAGGGUGCUUUUUACAAACUCGCUGACUGAAACUCAUGAUCUCUACAAUACGAAACGCUCUGCAGGUCAUGGCAAUACAGCGGCCCCACGUGGCGGUGGUCUGUUUACUGCUGUGCUGCUUGAGCGGCGGUCACUCCAUCCCAGACCCCAGGCAGAGGGAAGCUCUCAUCCGCCUCGAGACCUCCAUGCAGACAGGCGGCCACGAGGUGCUGACUGAUGCCGAACAGCGGCUGGAUGCUGUUUUAUACAAACUGAAGCAGGUGGAGGUUAUGAGAGCCGACUUUCCUCCAGCCAUGCACUUCUUCAAGGCCAGGCAUCUCAUCAGGUCUAGUCCAGUCUUCAGUCUGCUGCAGAAGAUGCCUAAAGGAGCAGCUCUUCAUGUCCACGACUUCUCCAUGGUAGAUGUAGAGUGGCUGCUGACGAAUGCCACCUAUCGCCCAUACUGUUACAUUUGCUUCACUGACGACCAGUCCAUCAGAUUCAUCUUCUCGUCUCGUUCGCCCAAACCUGUGCCACACUGCUCUCCCUGGUACCUGCUGGAAAGUCUCAGGGCCAAGAUGAACACCACAGAGCUGGACAACAGCAUAAUGGGCAACCUCACGCUCUUCACUCAGCAGGAUCCAGAAACUGUGUAUCCCAGCCAGGAUACAGUUUGGUUCAAGUUUGAACACACCUUUCGUGCAGUUUGGGGUCUGGUCACAUAUGCUCCUGUGUUCAGAGACUAUUACUACCAAGGCCUCACCGAGUUAUACAUGGACAAUGUCAUGUAUCUAGAGCUGCGAUGUUUACUCCCUGAGAUAUAUGAGUUGGACGGCAGCACUCAUGACAGAGCCUGGACGCUGAAGACCUACAAAGAUGUUACUAGACAUUUCAAAGCAGCCCACCCAGACUUUUUUGGAGCAAGAAUAAUUUUCACUGUCCAAAGGCAAGUCAAUGUAUCUUUUAUGACGAAAACUGUGGAGGAGGCUAUGAAGUUACAGAAAAACUUCCCAGAUAUCAUGGCUGGGUUUGACUUGGUGGGCCGUGAAGACAAAGGCCGACCUCUGUGGUACUAUCGAGAUGCCUUGUCGCUGCCAAUGGAGAGGGGGGUUACACUUGCUUUCUUCUUUCAUGCUGGAGAGACAAACCUUGAGGGUACAGAAGUGGACCAGAACGUGUUAGAUGCUCUCCUCUUCAACACUUCACGCAUUGGCCAUGGAUUUGCUUUGCUUCGUCACCCAGUGGCCAAAGGUCUGUCCAAGAAGGAAGACGUAGCUGUGGAAGUUUGCCCAAUAUCAAACCAGGUGUUAAAGUUGGUAGAUGACCUCCGAAACCACCCGGCAGCUGUUUUAAUGUCAGAGAACCACCCAAUGGUCAUCAGUUCUGAUGACCCGGGGGUUUUCGGUGCCUCUGGCCUGUCCUAUGAUUUCUAUGAAGCUUUUGUGGGGUUUGGUGGCCUCCGAUCCAACAUAGGCUCCCUCAAAGCAUUGGCCAAGAACUCUAUUAGAUAUAGUUCUUUGACAGCACAACAACAAGAGGAGGCCUUGGCUUCAUGGCAGAGACGGUGGGAUAAGUUUGUGUCUGAAAAUGUCUUUUAGAAAAAAACCUUUUGUUUGUUUUUCUGAAGUUUGAGUGAAUUAUGAAUGGAAAUGGAAAAUGCAACAGUGCUCUAUAGGGAAACAUGUUAUCUCUAUUUAAUACAGUAAUUACUUGAACUGUGCUGCAAACACAUCAGUCAAAGGCAUUAGGUUAUGUCUAUUUAACAUGGAACAUUUCAGUGUAUUUGCUGAUCCAGGUUUAUUUACUGUAGGUUUUCAAUGAGACAGCUGCUUCCCUUUAAUCUGUUGUUUUGGGUUUUUGAUUUGCUUCUUAAAUGGGGAUGGAAGAAAAGGCUUAUUUUUAUUUUUUUGUGUUUUUUGUUUUUGCUUGUUUGUUUUUAUAUAUUUUUUUUAUUGGGAUAUUUUCACAUUAGGUUGUUUUACUCAUGCUGGCUUAUUUGUCACUGGAGCAGUAGCCUACGAACAUUUCUUAAAAACAUUUCAGAAUCAUCUCAGCAACCUAAAUACUGUGAACUGCCUAAAUUAAACUUUUAAAAACAACA